AUGAAUUCGACUGGUUGCGGGGAGCUUGUUCAGAAGGGGGGUGAUAAUGAGGUAGGGCAUGUUCAGAUUGAGAGGUCUUACCCUUACCGGGCAGAUGGCUGGAUGGGAUUUCUCAAACACUUUGAGAAAAAGUUGUCUCAACUGUUAAGAAGCAAGAAAGGAAUUGUUGAGAAGCACAACAAACUGAGAAGAGACGACGUUGAAAAUGGAGAUGUACUCAUCCACUCACCAACAAGCAAACCGACUAAAUAUUCAUUUCUAUUUGGAUCGGACACAUCCAAGCUACAACAACAACAACAGCAGCAGCAACAACAACAAAAGGAGGCACUUAAUCGUCAGCUGUCUGCUAAAAGGAAGAAUAGAGAUAAGAAAAAGAUGACGUCAUCAUCGUUCUGGAGAAUCUUCUCAAAUUCUGUCAAACCAAUUGAAAAGGACAACGACGCAGUUGAUGAUGAGGAGGAUGAGGAUGUUGAUGACGAUGGGGUUAAUGACGAUGAUGUUGCCGACGAUGAUGAUGACGUCAAUGUUGUCUACUACUCCAUCCUGGAUGCUCCCUGCGUUGAUCCACCACCCAUCAUCCCCAUGGAUUUCUUCAAGCUGUGGAGGGAAAAAAAGAAAAAAAAUGGCAAUGAUGACAACAAAGGUGUUUAUGACAAUGAUAAGGAAUGUACUGAUGACGGUGAUGAUGACGACAAUGAUGACGAUUACGAUAAUAAUAAUUACAAUGAUGAUUAA